GUGAUAACACUCGAUUACGCCACUGGUUGGCCCACACUGCGGCACAGGAUGUGAUCUCUGGCCAGUUAAAGACAGGUCGCGGAGCCCGUCCAUCAUUAUUUCAAUUCCACUGAACCUACGUACUACAACUUAAACGCCACUUCCAGACUUCUUUUCCCUCUUCCACCCCAGUUUAUCGAGCAUUGGCAGUACUGAACUUCAACUUGCUUCAUUACACUACCGUAAACAAUAUGACAUCUCCACUUAGCCUGGUCAAUGACCUUAGGCCUACGACUUCGACGGCUACCAGACGGUAUGAGAAGUUGUCCUGGGUGGAUGCAUACCACACUACAACUGCACCUGGCUUGCGACUUCGUACCAGCACCAAGCCCAAGUGGCUCUCCUUCACACAUCCGGAAGGCCAAAUAUAUUUUCACAUGCAACGUGGCAAUUUCUCAGUUGUCACGGAGGAGAACAUGUUAGAUAAUGAAAAGGACAAGUUGGUGUCCGGCUAUCUGGCACUAAUCGAAAAGAGGAUCCUCGAAUACGGCAUCGUAUUGCCACAAACAUGCGAGCUCUUCGUCGAACUUUGGUUUAACGAAUCUCCACAAACGUCUACAUGUGCAUAUUAUUUCGUAGAUCAUCAUAGCCGUUGCCUCUUCUGGCUCGAGCCUACAUCAUCGGAGCUGCUCGACAUGGGCAUGUUGGUGUCUGACUCACACUUGGAUACUGCAUUGGAAAGACUCUACUGGGUGCAUGUCGAGUUUUUCCCGAUGCACGUCUGUGGACAGAUGGCGCCACUCAUUGUGGACAACUUGAUCAGCGUCAUAUGUCACGGCAUGACAGAUCGUAUGACCUCGCGCACCUCAACAUUCCCAUAUACAGAGGAAAAGUGCGGUCAGCUUCUCCAGGCGUUAUCCUUUCGACGAGGCCAACCCUUGGACGGCCAUACACUAUGUUUUGUCGCUCGCCUUUGGGGUGCAAUCAAUAAUCAACGAUUCAUGACGUACUAUGGACAAGAAAAUGCACAAUUGGACAGAUUGCAUCCACCGAUGCCAGAAGACAUAGUCGAUCGUCCUGGGAUGCGUGCACUGGCAAAUCUGGCGUUGUGGGGAAUCCCUAACCACCACUACUCAAAGCUUCAUGACCUGUUCGUUCACGACCAGGUAUAUGUUGAUCAAUGGCAGGCUUUCAUGACUGCAUGUAUGUCGGAAUGGAGAGGAUUGCUUUUGUGGGAAUUUUCGGUGCUGAUUGCCAGCAUUCUCAUCUCGAUGCUACCGCGCGCUUCAUUAUCAUCUGCUAUGGCACCAAUUCUUGCAGCAUCCUCAAGCAUCUUGUCGGGAUCAAUCCUGCUUUUGAGACACCAUGGCUUCGAAGAUGCAACUGCCUCGUUUGCUGCUCGCUUCCUCCGCACAGCAAAAUUGUCUAAUUGGGGCUUUUUGCCUUUAUCUAUUGUCUACAGCAUGCCAAAAGCAUUGUACUUAUGGAGUCUCGGACUGAUGGUUGCUCAGUUCGUAUUCUGGGUUUCCCGCGUAGUUGGCGUAGUUUGGGCAUCAGGUGGAGCUUGCUUCCUAGCACUGAUGGGCUAUGGCAUCCUCUAUAUCACAUCUACGGAGGAUGAUCACCCCGAUCCCAUAGCCACUAUGUGGGAAACCUUCCAGAGCGGUUCCGCGGAAGCCGAUGUAAUUCUGCCAGUAUAAAUCCAACCUAAAUAUUCUUUUCCGUAAAUAUUUAGUAGAAUAUCGCUACAUAGAACGGUUCACAAGACUGUACUUCUGGUGCGAGUUACGCAUACACUUCUCAUAGGGGGUUUCCACUACGGGUCUGCUGUGUACACUAAUUGUUUAAACGUCUAAACGUUUAAACAUCUGUGGCCUCAGUACCCCUUACCCUGUUACAAUAUUCCCCAGUACAGCCCUGACAGGGCAUAGCGUCUUAACAGUUUACCUUGUUUGUUGCGGUAUAGAAAUACAG